AUGGCUCCAGUUUCCUGGUCUGACCUCCCAGAAGAGCUGCUGGAGAGCAUCUUUAAGAAACCAACAAAUGUCGUUAAUCUUUACAACUGCCGCUACGUGUGUCGUUCAUGGCGAUCCGUCGUCGACAAGGUGUUAGCGUCGACACCUCCGCACCUACUUGUCUACGAAAAGCGUAGAAUUGUAAGAAUCAUAAGUUUCUUGAAUGUUUUCACCGGCGAAUCGCGCUUGUAUAGACUUCCAAAGUUCAAGACUGGUGAUGGGCAGCCCCUAUUUCCCAGGAGCGUCUACUCCUGGCAUCGUUGGCUGGUAAUGGAUUGCAUGGUAAUGGAUUGCAGCACAAGAGAUCGUCAUAUCUGUCUCUAUAACCCAUUUACAAGGGCUCGGAUUCGGCUCCCUGCUUUCAAACUUGACAACUAUCUUGAUCACCGCCGGAAACGCAAGUUCCUUCUGUCUUGUGAACCGAAAAAUCCAAGAUCAAUUGGUUUAGCUAUUUGUGAUGGGCGAUAUCUUGAAAAGUUGAUGUUCUGGAAUCCAGGAGAUGAAGAGUGGACAACCUUUGUUGAGGAGUCGAUGCGCAUCGUUGAUAUUACAAGCUACAAGGGUGGAUUCUGUGUUCUUGGGGACGGGUACCUCAAGUUUAUACAAUUUGAUACUGAGUCUGUUCCUCAUCUCAAAAUAACUUAUGUUUUAUCAAGUUAUUAUCAUCCGAAUCAAUAUCCGGUGGAAUCGCCGUGUGGGGAUCUGUUGUUGGUUCAACUGAAUAUUGGGUGCAAGAUUAAAAUUUUCAAAAUGGAUUGGAAGAGGAAGGCGUGGGAUGAGAUCAAAAGCUUGGGUGAUGAAGCAAUUUUCUUGAGCUGUGCUGAAUCUGUGUGCAUACGAGCUGAGGACUCCACCAUAUUCAAACCUAAUUGCAUCUAUUUCACAGAUGGUGCCUUCAUGCCAGUAGAGCAAAAGGAGUUGGGGGUAUACGAUAUCGCAAAUCAGACUGUCGGUUCAGUCACUCUCUCUAUUCCUUUUGACGAUGAUGAACAAUGCUGCCGAUGGAGAGUUUCAUCUUGGUUUAAGGUUCAUGUAUUUUGGAACCUCCUGGAGACCAUAAAGUUCAAGGUUUACAAAUUGGAUUGGGAGAGGAUGGAGUGGGAUGAGAUCAAAAGAUUGGGUGAAGAAGCAAUUUUCUUGUGCUGUGAUGGAUCUGCGUGCAUACGAGCUGAUGACUACCAUAUACAAACCUAA